UCCAAAGUUUCCUUGAGACUCUCCAAGUCAACUAUUGAAUCUCUCCAAAGACUGUUUUAUCCUCCAAUUUCUCUCUUUGCUUGCAUUUGCACUCACAGGCACUCUUUUUUCCUUGUCUAUAUAUUAAGAAAUAAGUUCACAACGAAACUCUAAAUCAUUAAUCUUUUGUUGAGACACUCCAGCAAAAGAGAGUUUUUGCAAAAAUGGUGGUUGCAGGGCCAGGUUUUGGUGGUGGUGGAAUGCCAAACAUGAGGAGCUUUGCUGUUCAGAUCCUAACAGGACCAUGGCUAAUGGUUUUCGGAUCAUUGUUGAUCAUGUCUGCUGCUGGUGCAACCUACAUGUUUGGCCUCUACUCCAAUGAAAUUAAAACAUCGUUAGGAUAUGAUCAAAGCACCCUCAAUUUGCUCAGUUUCUUCAAGGAUUUAGGCACCAAUGUUGGAGUCCUUGCAGGCCUGAUGGCAGAGGUCACACCCCCCUGGUUUGUGCUAUCCGUUGGGGCAGUACUCAAUUUUUUUGGGUACUUCAUGAUUUGGUUGGCCGUUACCAAAAGGAUUCCUACACCUCAAGUUUGGCACAUGUGUUUGUAUAUUUGUAUCGGUGCCAAUUCUCAAGCUUUCGCUAACACAGGAUCUCUUGUCACCUGUGUCAAAAAUUUCCCUGAAAGCCGGGGAGUUGUUCUGGGAAUCCUGAAAGGUUAUGUUGGCCUGAGUGGUGCAAUCAUAACUCAAUUGUACCAUGCUUUUUAUGGUGAUGAUUCAAAGGCCUUGAUUUUGCUUAUUGGUUGGCUUCCUGCUGCUAUCUCACUUUGUUUUGUCAGAACAAUUCGGAUCAUGAAGGUGGCUCACCAGACUAACGAGGUCAAAGUUUUUUACAAAUUUCUCUACAUCUCUCUUGGCCUUGCUUCUUUCCUGAUGAUUAUUAUCAUUAUAGAGAAAAGAUUCGUUUUCAUACGGCCUGAAUAUGGUGGCAGUGCUGCCAUGGUUGUUUUCUUGCUGUUUUUGCCACUUGGGGUUGUGAUUAUGGAAGAAUACAAGCUUUGGGAGGCCAAGAAUAGGGCCUUAAACGAUCCUUCUCCAUUGAAAAUUGUCACUGAGAAGCCAAGUUCCGAGGUGUCCAUGGAGAACACUGAGGUUCCCUCAUCAUCAAGCACAGCAAAGAUUUUAGCCGAUAACGAGUCAAGCAAUGAUCAAGCCAAUGUUUCCUGCUGGAAAACAGCAUUCAAGCCACCAAACAGAGGGGAAGACUACACAAUUUUACAGGCACUUUUCAGCCUUGACAUGUUCAUUCUUUUCAUAGCUACAAUUUGUGGGAUUGGGGGUACCUUAACAGCAGUUGACAAUUUGGGACAGCUUGGAACCUCCUUGGGGUACCCUAAUAGAAGCAUAAGCACAUUUGUAUCCCUUGUGAGUAUAUGGAAUUAUCUUGGCAGAGUUACAUCAGGUUUCGUAUCAGAAAUUUUCUUGGACAAGUACAAGUUUCCUAGACCUCUAAUGCUCACCUUGAUCAUGCUUUUCUCAUGCGUUGGUCACCUUUUGAUAGCCUUCGGUGUCCCUUUUGGACUUUAUAUUGCAUCAGUAAUCAUUGGGUUCUGUUUUGGGGCUCAAUGGCCACUACUUUUUGCUAUAAUAUCCGAAAUAUUUGGCCUCAAGUACUAUUCUACAUUGUACAAUUUUGGGUCAGUUGCCAGCCCUAUUGGGUCCUAUAUACUUAAUGUAAGAGUGGCUGGAAAUUUGUAUGAUAAAGAGGCUAGGAAGCAAAUGGCAGCUCUGGGAUUGGUAAGGAAGGCUGGUGAGGAUCUGAAUUGCAAUGGGGUUCACUGCUUCAAAUUGUCCUUCAUUAUAAUUACAGCUGCCACAUUGUUUGGAACUGUUGUGUCAAUUUUUUUGGUACUUAGGACAAGAAAAUUUUAUAAGAGUGACAUUUACAAAAAGUUCCGAGAGCAGGUGAAAGCUGCGGAGACGGAGAUGGCGGCUAACGGAGAAGUAACUGGGUUGCCGAAGGUAAAGGCUUCCAGAAACGGCGUUGGACCGGAGGCUACCGUAGACGGUGUUGGACCGGAGGCUAAGGCAGGGUAGGGAUAUUUUACUAUUGUGUAACUUCUAACAAGUGGGGUAUAGAUAUAGCUAAAAAAAACCUAUGGGAGAGAAGUCUCAUUGAAUUUGGUAUGGUGCUUGUGUUCAAC